GCUUCGCUUCGCCUCGCCUCGCUUCCUCCUCCUCUAUUCCUCCCGUCCCUCUUCCUCUAACCUCCUCCCUCCCCGGGACCUGAGCUGUCCGUCCGGUCCACAGCUGUGGCAGUGGCGGCAGCGCCCAGGAUCUGCGUCCAGAUUUCAUUAAUCUGAUCCAGGGUCCCCUGUGAUUGCCAGCUGAAACAGAGAAAUCUCAGCAUCCUUCGAAGUUCAGCCCAAGUGCCAUCUCCUACAUAAAUCUUUUCCUAAUCUCUCCAGUCACUGGUUCCUCCUUUUUAAAGGUUCUACAGCCUGUUGUCAUUAACACAGGAAACAUUGAUUGGAAACUACUCAUUCAGAAAAUUAAAAGAAACCCAGUUCAUCUUAUCGGUCCUUUAAGAAGAGGACAUAACAGCCUUGCUUCUUUGCUAUCAGCUUAACUUGGAGAGGUCACAAGGGAGAGAAGAAUGGCAGAUGACCGGAAAGAUGAAGCUAAAGCACCUCACUGGACAUCAAGCCCACUGGCAGAGGCAUCUUCCCACCCACAUUCACCUGAGCUUAAGGAACAAGCUGGAGCAGGAGAUGGAAUAGUCCGGAGUGCCAAUGGAUUUCCAUACAGAGAGGAAGAAGAGGGUGGCUAUGGAGAUCAUGGGCAACAGGGUACCUAUUCAAGAACCAAAGAGAAUGGAAUUAAUGGAGAACUCACCUCAGCUGAAAGGGAAACAGCAGAGGAAGUAUCUGCAAGGAUAGUCCAAGUAGUAACUGCGGAAGCUGUUGCAGUCCUGAAAGGUGAACAAGAAAAAGAAGCCCAGCAUAAAGACCAACCUGCAGGACUCCCUAUAGCAGUUGAAGAGUCUGCUAAUCUGCCUCCCUCUCCACCUCCAUCACCAGCCUCUGAACAGACUGGAACAGUGGAGGAAGCCUCGAAGAUGGAGUUCCAUGAACAACAGGGCACUGGCCCUCUCACAGUUGAACCAUUAGACAAGAAGGAAAAGGAACCUGAGAAAGGAAGUAAGCCUGCUGAACUGCCUAAACAUGAUGCCUUAGUCGCCCAGCCAGCACAACCUGAGACUGUAGAUAAAAAGGACAUACAUGGCGAAGAAGAUGCAAAGGCACCUCUUACUCCAUUUGAACAGUCUUUCGGGGAAGAGCUAGAGUACAUGCAGCAGAAAAGUGAACCAAUCCCUGCAGAACUUGAUGUGGGUUUUCCUACAGAGACUGUAUUUCAGAAAGAGCAAAAAGUCUUGUCCAUUGAAGUACCCAAGGAUGAAUGGAGUACAUAUAGUCAAUUAUCUCCUGGCCCUCUCACACCCAUGAAAGAAAACUAUGCAGUUCAAGAAAUCCCCAAAUGGGAUGGGAAAAAAUUAGACUCUCCAAAGCCAACUCCCUUUGGAAGUGUGAGCUUUCCUUUACCUUCUGAACCUAAGGCUGAUUUGUCAGAUGCCACUAAAGAUACACUUGUUUCUGAAGCACUCCCCAUGGCACCAGAGACACUGAAGCCAGAAGAUAAAAAGCCCAAGGAAGAGUCCAGUGGCCCACAGAUUGCCAAAGAGAUUCCAAAGGAUGAACAAAUCGUUACGGAAAAAACCUCAAAAGCAGAAGAAACAACAAUUUCAAUGGAAAUUACACCAUCCAUGGAAGCUGACAAACCAACUGUAGCAGAAAGUCCUAUUAAGAAAAUUUCCAAAGUUGGGGAAGAAAAAGAUGUAAUAAAACAAGAAAGUGAGCAGAAAACAGAACCAGGUACAUUCAAUGGACAGAAAUCUACUUUGCUUGACAGUGAACUGCAGCCAAAACCAGAAGAGAAAAAUGUCCUUCCUGAAAAGAAAACUAUGCCAAAAGAAGGUGAACUUCAGAAGAUAUCAGAUGAAGAGAUGGGCAUCAUCAGUGUCUCAACAGAGAAAACAUUCCAAAAAGAAGAAAAGAAAGACCAAAAAACUCCCAUUGAUGAUUUAAGACAUGAUGCAUUCCCUGAAGGCCUAGAACAAGUGCUCUCAGGUCCUGCCACAACUUCAAAAAUGCUGGAUAAAGCUCCUGAUGAACUAGGUCUCCUCAGUGAAAAGACUGCAACCAAGGAACUGUUUCGAGAGGAAGUUGUUGACAAAGACAUUGAGGCCCACAGGGCAGGGGUUGCAGCCUCUCUUGAUUACGAUAGGCAGCUCGAUGAAGACAAAUCUGGAAUGUCAAAGUACUUUGAAACCUCCACGUUGAAAGAAGAAACCACAAAGAGCAUCCAGUCUGGCAGUGAUUACUAUGAACUGAGUGAUACAAAAGAAAGUGUCUAUGAAUCCUAUGAUACAGCUUCACCUGUACAUAAAAGUUCUGAAAAGGAGUUUUAUGCAGAAAAGGAGCAGCAACCUGCUCCCAUUUUAGAGGGGGGAUACAGUACCCUUGCACAGAGCUAUCCAGCUGACCUGCCUGAAGAACCUAGCUCUCCCCAAGAAAGGAUGUUCACCAUUGAUCCAAAAGUUUAUGGAGAAAAAAGAGACCUCCACAGUAAAAAUAAAGAUGAUUUGACACUGAGCCGGAGUUUAGGACUUGGUGGUAGAUCUGCCAUAGAACAAAGAAGCAUGUCAAUCAAUUUACCCAUGUCUUGCCUGGAUUCCAUAGCACUUGGCUUUAACUUUGGCCGGGGACAUGAUCUCUCUCCACUGGCUUCUGAUAUUCUAACUAAUACUAGUGGAAGCAUGGACGAAGGGGAUGAUUACCUUCCAGCCACAACUCCUGCCGUGGAGAAAGCUCCUUGUUUUCCAAUAGAAAGCAAAGAGGAAGAAGAACAAUUGGAGGAGGAGAAAGCAACCAGAGCGGAAAAUAUCCAGGUAGAAUCAUUGUGUGAGUCACCUUUCCUGGCCAAAGAUUAUUAUAAAAAUGGGUCUGUGAUGGCCCCUGACUUGCCUGAAAUGUUAGAUCUAGCAGGCACGAGGUCCAGGCUAGCUUCUGUGAGUGCAGAUGCUGAGGUGGCAAGAAGGAAAUCAGUACCAUCAGAGACACUGCUUGAAGAGAGCAGCACUGGCUUGACUACUCUAACUGAUGAAAACCAUGUUGCCACAAAAGCAGACAGUCAACUUGAGGAUCUAGGUUACUGUGUUUUCAAUAAAUAUACAGUUCCUCUACCAUCACCUGUCCAGGACAGUGAGAAUUUAUCUGGUGAAAGUGGUUCCUUCUAUGAUGGUUCUGAUGACAAGAUCCGAAGAGAUUUGGCCACAGAUCUCUCGUUGAUUGAAGUGAAAUUGGCAGCAGCUGGAAGAGUCAAAGAAGAGUUUAGUAGUGAGGGAGAACUAGCCCAGCCCAUCUCUGGUGAUAAGUCAGGUCUUGGGAGGGAGUUUGAUCAUGAAAAGAAGAGUAGUGAGAAAUUGGAUACUGUGCUAGAAAAGAGCGAAGAACACUUUGAAUCCAAAGAAAUGCUGCUUCUCGAAGAAAAAGAGCAUCCGAAAAAAGUAGCAGAGGGAGUGGAUCAAGUUGAAGCAUUUGGAACAGGAAUGACCUUUGAACAAGUAUUUGGAAAAGAGCCCAUCAAACCAAAAGAUGCUUCUAUUUUCAUAAGUGAAAAGGCAGAAAAGAGUCUUAGUUCAGUGCCAGAGGUGGCUGAGGCAGAACCAUCCCCCAAAACAGACCAUGGCUUGGAUGCUGCUGCCAAGAAAGAUGAGCAGAGUCAACCUGAGGCUAAGAUCAGUGACUUUGGGCAGGCUGCUUCAGGACCGGGGGGAGAUACUGAGAAAGAAACAGAACCUCAUACCCAGGCUGCUGAACAAGACAGGACCCCCAUAGCCAAACCCCCUGAGGCAGACACAUUUCCCAGUACUGAGCCCAGCCACCUGAAAGAGAGCAGCAAGGUUUCUGAGACAGAAGUCAAAGAAAAAGUGGCCAAGCCUGACCUGGUGCACCAGGAAGCAGUAGAUAAAGAGGAAUCCUACGAGUCAAGUGGGGAACAUGAUCACACUCCUGAGAGUCUGACUAUGGAGUCCUUGAAACCUGAUGAGGGCAAGAAAGAAGUGACCCCGGAAGUAACUGGACUACCAGAAGACAUCACAAUCAAAUUGCCGGCAGAAGAGCCUCCAGCAAAAACUGAUGCAAAGAGUUACGAAGUACAGACUGAGGGGACUGAUGCUCAGAUGGAGCAAGUUCAGGAGCCCAAAGAAGAAGUUAAGGAAACUCCAGACAUCUCCAUCACUCCCUCAGAAGUCAUCGAACCAUUGCUGCAAGGGAUUGUAUCUGAACCAGAGGGAGCUCAGAGGGAAGAAGAGGAAGAAAUAGAAGCCCGGGGAGAAUAUGAUAAACUACUUUUCCGCUCAGAAACUCUCCAGAUGACAGACUUGAGUGUUCCAGCUGUCAAAGAUGAAUUGGUGGAGAUGGGUGCAGCCGAGAUGCCCGAGUACAAGGGAGUGAUUGAGUCAGUGGUGACCAUUGAGGAUGACUUCAUCACCGUCGUACAAACCACCACAGAAGAAGGGGAAACUGGUUCCCAUAGUGUACGGUUUGCUGCCCUAGAACAGCCAGAGGUGGAAAGGAGGCCCUCUCCCCCUGAAGAAGAAGAAGAACCACAAAUAGAAGAAUCUGCAGAAGCACUUGGAGAACCCAAAGAAGGCUCCCCCGAGGCCCCUGCUUCGCCAGAAAAGGAAGAAGUUGGCUUUUCUGAAUACAAGACAGAAACAUAUGAUGAUUACAAAGAUGAGACAACCAUUGAUGACUCCAUCAUGGAUGCUGACAGCCUCUGGGUGGAUACUCAAGAUGAUGAUAGAAGCAUCAUGACAGAGCAGUUAGAGACUGUUCCUAAAGAAGAGAAAGCAGAGAAGGAAGUUCGGAGACCAUCUCUCGAUAAACAUAGGAAAGAAAAACCCUUUAAAACUGGGAGAGGCAGAAUUUCCACUCCUGAAAGAAAAAUAGCUAAAAAGGAACCUAGCACAGUCUCCAGAGAUGAAGUGAGAAGGAAAAAAGCAGUUUAUAAGAAGGCUGAACUUGGUAAAAAAACAGAAGUUCAGGCCCACUCUCCCUCCAGGAAAAUCAUUUUAAAACCUGCUAUCAAAUAUACUAGACCAACUCAUCUCUCCUGUGUUAAGCGGAAAACGACAGCGGCAGGUGGAGAAAGUAACCAGGCUUCUGGUAUAUAUAAACAAGCAAAGGACAAAUACUCAGAUGGUGUGAGCAAGAGCCCUGAAAAGCGCUCCUCUCUGCCCAGGCCUUCCUCCAUCCUUCCUACUCGAAGAGGGGUAUCAGGAGACAGAGAUGAGAAUUCUUUCUCCCUCAACACUUCUAUGUCUGCUUCAGUACGACGAACCACUAGGUCAGAGCCAAUUCGCAGAACAGGAAAAAGUGGUACUUCAACUCCCACUACUCCAGGCUCCACUGCCAUCACUCCUGGUACACCACCCAGCUAUUCCUCCCGUACCCCAGGUACUCCUGGUACCCCUAGCUACCCUAGAACCCCACACACACCGGGAACUCCCAAAUCUGGCAUCCUGGUGCCCACUGAGAAAAAAGUUGCCAUUAUACGCACUCCUCCAAAGUCUCCAGCCACCCCUAAACAACUACGGCUUAUUAACCAACCGCUGCCUGACCUGAAGAACGUAAGGUCUAAAAUUGGAUCCACAGACAACAUCAGAUAUCAACCUAAAGGUGGACAGAUACAAAUUGUUACUAAGAAGAUUGACUUAAGCCACGUGACAUCCAAAUGCGGUUCCCUAAAGAAUAUCCGUCAUCGGCCAGGUGGUGGCCGUGUGAAAAUUGAAAGUGUGAAGUUGGAUUUCAAAGAGAAAGCACAAGCUAAAGUGGGGUCACUUGACAAUGCCCACCACAUACCUGGAGGUGGUAAUGUCAAGAUUGACAGCCAAAAAUUGAACUUCAGAGAACAUGCUAAGGCUCGGGUAGACCAUGGUGCUGAGAUCAUCACACAAUCUCCGGGCAGAUCCAGUGUGGCUUCCCCCAGGCGACUCAGCAAUGUCUCCUCAUCUGGAAGCAUCAACCUGCUUGAGUCCCCCCAGCUUGCCACUUUGGCCGAAGAUGUCACUGCUGCCCUUGCUAAGCAGGGCUUAUGAAUCUGUCUCAUUUAACACUGAAUGAAGUAAUUCUAUUUAGUCAUGAGCUCUUAGCAGGAGCGGGCUCAGAGCAGGUGUUAUAUUCAAUCCCUACAAAUUCUAAAAGAAAUCUUAUCCCAAGAUUAUGGUAACCAUUACGAUAAAAAAGAAUCUCCCAAAUUUAAGUAUGUUCAGAAAUUGACCUGAUUUUCAUUUGCAGCAGGAAGACUCAUUGGCUUUACAUGAGUACAAUUGCAAAAUAUUCCAUUGGAUAAUUCUUGUUGCUCUGCUCUGUCUUGCAUGGAGUACUAUGCUAAAAAUGCAUUUUUACCUUUCAUGUGCCUGAAGGCCAUCCACUAUUUUCUGAAGAGCCUUGUUAAUAUCCAAGCUGCUCAUUUCACUGGUCUGUUUAUGGACAACAAAGAUUGUCCUUUUGUAACUUAUUACAGGUUAAAUUAAACUGAAAGAGUCUGAUUACAAGAUGCGAAGAACAUAUUAAAAAAAACAAGUUUAAAAAAAGUAUUAUUUUGUAUAAAUGGGAAGAAAGAUUCAAUUAAGUUAUUAACAUUUUGGGCCUGGAUAAUUAAAUCAGUGUAUAGGUGAUUCUGAUAAAUUAUUUAACUAAUUAAAAAAAAGUAGUUGAAGAACAGUUGAACUGUAUUUUUGAGGAAGUGAUAUACAAGAGCAGCUUUUAGACAUGGAGCACUUCCACAACUAUGGACUUGUGUCUGAUUAGGAUGUCAGUUAAUUGGCUAGAUUUGUGUCCACACUACAAGUUUCACAUCCUUUCCAUCUGUUUGAUACAGUAUUAUAGAUAUACAUAUAUAUAUACAUAUAUAUAUUUCUCUGUGGCCAUUUGUGAUACUCCCUCAUAUACUUGAAUAUUAUACUUCUUUAUUAUUCACAGUAUCUGUGUCUCUUGCACCCUUUGGUGUUGAAAUUUUAGGUAUGUGAAAGUAGAUGUUAGCAGGGUUUUUUCCCUAUUACAAACAAAAAAAAAUUAAAAAGAGAAAAACUUUUAGCAUGAAGUUGCUUUCUGUAACAACUAAAAGCCGUGCCCCUGUUAUAGUGCCAGAUACAAGUCUCUUCUGUAAUGCUAGAAUUUUUUUUUCCUUUUCUGUUUCUCUUCACCAACAUAGAUGUUGCUGGGGAGGUCUGGAUCUAUGUAAAAGGAUCGAAAAACUGUUGGUUUGAGAUUCUGGAAUUUUUUUUAAAUUAAGAAGUAAUUUGGAUUUUACUUCAAUAAUUAUGAGAUGAUGGCCUCUUUUAUUUAUUUACUUUUUUUUUUCAUUUGCUAAAGUUGAAUCCAAGAAAGUGAAUUUGAGAAAAUGUCAUUCCUCUCCUCAGGAUGGCAUCUCCUUGUUAAAUUAGCUAGACUAUCAGAGGAGGCCACCCAUUGAAAUAAAACAUUUGUCCACAUAUCAAAAAAGUAAAAAUACUUUCAAUUAGAAGAAUACUUUUUUUAAGUGUGCAUAGAAACAAAAAGUGGAAAUGCAGCAUCCGAUUUGAUGGAUUUACUUUUCAGCAUUCUGCUUGCUAUAACACUACAUCAACUAAAAAAAAAAAAUGCUGCAGCUUAGUAUGGUUUCUCAAGGGAGAGGGCUGUUCUGAUAUUAUCUACAGUAAUCUUGCCUAGAAAUCACGAAACAACUAGUUCAAAUCACAGAUUGUUGAUUUUAAACCCCUUGACAAACAUUUUCCAUGAUCCAUUUCUGAGCUGCCUCUAAAAAGGGCCAGAGAAUGACAUGAUUUAUAGAAGUUCUUUGCUAUUUUAAGUGUUCUUAAGAUUCCUCAUCUUAGCAACUGAGCUAAAACAGUGUUGAAGUCAGAGAGUGAUUUGUUGUUUCUUUUGAGCUAAUUGUUUUAAAAAUUGACAAUGAUAGUAGAAAGGAGAGGAUGAGCGCGGAAGUCAGCAACAUUUUAGUGGGUAUCAUCUAACAAAAAUACAAAGGGUGAAGAGACAGGAAACUGUCGGGGUAAUAUAAUGAUCCGUCUGACAUUGUUAUUGAUGUAAAUUCCCCAAGGGAAAACCCCUAGAAACACAGAAAAUCCUUUACUUCAUUAGUUUUCAGCAGAGAGUUUUUAUACACUCCCAAUCUUGUCUAACCCUGUCUAUCAGUCAGUUGUUUGAUGCAAAUGUUGUGAAUUUAGAAACUGAGUGGGACAAUGGGUUUCUAAUUUCUGCCUUGUAAUUGCUGAGUAGAGUUUGCUUAAACUAACCCUGGCAUUUACAUAGAAAUAUUUCCUGGUGUAGUGCAUCAAAGUCCUUCAUGUUGCACAAACAGGAAGACUAGUAGUGUGGAACACAUUGUGGACCCUGUACCACCAAUGAGUGAAAAAUAACUUGGCAGUAUUUUUCUUAAGCCUUUUGAUAGUGUUAGCUAGCAACUAAAGGACUGUGGAAUAUUCAUUCAACAGAAAUUGAACACCAGCUGGUCAGAACAGCAUUUAACCUGUGACUCAAGUAUUUUUUUUUUUAGAUCUGCUUUAAAAUUACAAACACACACCAAAAACAAACAAAAAGAAUGAUUCAUGAUGGUGAAGUUUAGUUACCUGCAUAUAAAAGUCUAGAGUUAGAUUAGUGGAAGACAUUUAUUUGACUCUAGUUUUUUCUUGUCCAGUCCUAACAAGGUCUUUAGAAUGACUAAGUUGACUUGCCCAGAAGGAAUCAAGAGUCUUUUUAAAAAUCAGCAAAAAGAAACAGAUUUUUGCUGACUCAAGGGAAACACACAGGUUAAGUUACAGGGCUCUUGAAGCCCCUUGAAAAAGCCAAGCCUUGUCUUCACUCUUAAGAACAGUACUCAACAUAAGCUUUGCAAACACAAUACUAAUAAGAAAGACAAUGCAUCUGGCAAUCUAGGAAUCAGAGCUCUAAAAGCUUUUGAUUCUAGAUCCUCUAUAUCCAGCUUUACUCUGGCUUUGGCUGCUGAGAAUCAGUCUCACUGUAACUGCCUAAGUAAUCCAGAUUCAUGAAGAGUUAUAAGGCCAACGUUCACAAAAGAACCAACUCUCUCUGGAAUCACCUGCAACUGAGAAACAUUUAAAUUACCAUGAUCCAGAUUCAUGAAGAGUUUUAAAGGCCAUGUUCACUUGAACCAACUCUCUCUGGAUUCACCUGCUGUGUUAGCAGGAUGAUGGGCUCCAGUCCCAUCCACAAGCAAAAGCCCUGUGUAGCACUAGGUAAACAAGGACCUGAAAAAGGCUGGACAGAGAAAACUGAUGGAAGUUGGGAAAAUGCAAAGGCAAUUGGCCUACAAAACCUAUGGUAGACUUUACAUUUUUUCUUACUACGUACAACAGGAAAUGGUAUAUUAGCCACCAAAUAAUAUUACAUUAGUAUUAAUGUAGUGAUAUUCCUCAUAAUUGAUUCCAACACAACUGGAAAUAUAAACAUUUUUGUUUUCUGUCUUUCAUGCCAGAAGAAAGAGGAAAGGGAAUCAUUUAGCCUUUAAGUGGCAGAAAAAGAGAUUUGCUGCUUGGAAGUGAAUUCAUAAUAAGUGGAGACAGAUUUCAUAUAUUCCUUCAAUAUUUCAGCUUAAUUCCAUGUUUGUGUUUAAAGUUAUACAGGUAGGAUUCUAGCCUAGGUGAGUAAGCUGGAGCGAUUCCCUCUACAACAAAGCUGCCUAUUUUCAGACUCCGAAAAGGUUAAUCAUAACAAUUCACUUCAACUUUAGCAAAGAGGAAAAAAAAAAAGCAAAAAAUGUACACCCAGUGUGUCUGGAUUCCAA